AAGUGGUAAGACGUUUCCGAGUGUUGUUGAAGGCACCACAACAGCAAUCCAACCUUGCUAGUUGUAGCUAGCACGUUGGCUAAUGCGGAUACACCACCCGUGGACGACGUUAUAAUACACGAGAAGAGACACCCGACAGGACAAAGCAACAGGAUUAGAGCCCCGUUUUCUACGUGAUUCCGAUUCCCUCACCGAAUCCACGGCAGACUGUCCCGCUCAGCCGACUUUCUCAGCUCACGUCAAUGUUAGCUGCGCAAUGAGCAGCGGCAGCUAAACUGAUCUCGGCGAAACCAGAUUAGCCGUGUGCUAGUUUCAUCAGCGCCUCCGACGCGUCAAUGAAUGAGGGCUGUCGCGCGGACAGAAGGCACCUAGUAAACAAUGUACGCCUGCUGCUAGCCUCCUCCUUGUUGUGGUCCAGCCCAGGUUCGUAGCUCUCGGAUGCUCGAAGAAGCGGACGUGGAGGCGAGAGAUUCGUUUUGGGGACGCCCGCAGAGGGAGCGUGAUUACGUUAACUAGUUAGCUGAUGGACAUCAGCAGCUAGCCGCAGGACUAAUCCAGCCGUCGACAAGUUUGUUGGAAAUGCAUCGUCGCGAAGAAACCACACAUUGCACAGGUACAUAGACGGAGCGAUGCUAGCGGUGUGAUGACAAAGCCGGAGUGCUUUUGUUUCCAAACUUAUUUUCUAAUCCCGUGAUCGCCCCCAUCGGGCCAGGUCCUCACCGCGGAGUGGAUUUAUUUGGGAAGUUGUCGUUUUUUUCCUCCGAGAAGAAACGCGAUGGCGCUUCGGACAAACCUUGCCCUCCGUCCCAGGUAGGGGAGUGGUGGUGGUGAUCCCCGGCCCGGCUUGGCCCGGCCCGGCCCGCUGUUUGCGGACGAUGAUGGCAAGGCGCUGAUCAUUUUUCGGCUCUUGUUGUUGUUGUAUCCAUGCCUUCACCUUCAAACCAUAUUAUGAUUCGCAACUGGGAUGCCAUGUCAUUGAAGUGAAUAGUUAUUCGAGAUUUUUGAAGGAUCAUGACGGAAACGGAGGAAGUUCCCCAAGACGACACUUAUUGGAAAUAAUCAUGGACUGUUGAGAUCAACUGGGCGCAUUUUCUUUUUUUAAUCCAAAACUAUUUUUUUUUUUUUUUUUUUAAAGUGUGUUUCACUUGCACCACACCAACAUGUCGGCAUUUGCUGAGUUCGUACCCCCUCCAGAAUGCCCGGUGUUUGAGCCGAGCUGGGAGGAUUUCUCGGACCCUUUAGGGUACAUCAACAAGAUCCGACCCAUUGCAGAGAAAACGGGCAUCUGCAAGAUCCGACCCCCCGAGGACUGGCAGCCUCCCUUUGCCUGCGACGUGCGCAACUUCCACUUCACUCCUCGAGUACAAAGACUUAAUGAACUUGAGGCCCUCACUCGGGUGAAGCUCAACUUUCUGGAUCAAAUCGCAAAGUUCUGGGAGCUGCAGGGAUCCAAGACCCGAUUUCCUCAUGUGGAGAGAAAAGUGCUCGACCUCUAUCAGCUCAGCAAGAUCGUGUCCUCGGAGGGUGGUUUUGAGACUGCGUGUAAGGAGAAGAGGUGGUCCAAGGUGGCCAGCAGGAUGGGCUUCCCAGCUGGGAAAGGCACCGGCUCGCUGCUGCGCUCCCACUAUGAGAGGAUCCUUUAUCCAUAUGAACUCUUUCAGUCUGGGGCAACGCUGACUGGCAUCCAGCGCCUAUACGAGGAAAUAGACGACGAAGAAGAGGUGGAUGAGGGAGUCGGUGAGGAGGCAGAGGAGGAAGAGGAGCAAGAUGAGGAGGAGGAGGAAAAAGAUGGAGAGGGUGAUGCAAUGCAGACUAAAGAGCGGCUUCUGCCUGAGAGACGCUCCAGGCGCCUUAAGUCUGAGGUAAAUAAUAAGGAGCCAAAAGGCCUCAAGAUCUUUGGUACAAAUCCCAAGAUGGUUGGCUUGGAGAUUGUGUCAGCUGAUGACGGAUUCAGCAAGAAGCAGCGUCACCUCAAAGCCCAGGCCUUCGCCAAAAUGAGGCCACGGAAAGAGACCCUGGAGGUCAACUUUGUCCCCCAGAUCGACCUGUACCUUUGCCUGGUGUGUGGGCGGGGCGACGAGGAGGACCGGCUCCUGCUGUGCGACGGCUGUGACGACAGCUACCACACCUUCUGCCUCAUCCCGCCUCUACAGGACGUCCCUAAGGGGGACUGGCGCUGCCCUAAGUGUGUUGCUGAGGAGUGCAGUAAACCCAGGGAGGCAUUUGGCUUCGAGCAGGCAGUGAGGGAGUACAGUCUGCAGAGCUUUGGUGAAAUGGCCGACCACUUCAAGUCGGACUACUUCAACAUGCCCGUUCACAUGGUCCCCACGGAGUUGGUGGAGAAAGAGUUCUGGCGCCUGGUCAGCAGCAUCGAGGAGGACGUCAUCGUGGAGUACGGAGCUGACAUCAGCUCCAAGGGUGGCAGCGGCUUUCCUGUCAGGGACGGCAAAAGAAGGCUACUAGGAGACGAGGAGGAGUAUGCCAACUCAGGCUGGAACCUGAAUAACACAGUGCUGGAGCAGUCGGUGCUUACCCACAUCAAUGUGGACAUCUCGGGUAUGAAGGUGCCCUGGCUCUAUGUGGGCAUGUGUUUCUCCUCAUUCUGCUGGCACAUCGAGGACCACUGGAGCUACUCCAUCAACUUCCUGCACUGGGGUGAACCGAAGACGUGGUACGGAGUGCCGGCCUCUGCAGCAGAAAAGCUGGAGGCCGUGAUGAAAAAGCUGGCUCCAGAGCUGUUUGACUCCCAGCCGGACCUCCUCCAUCAACUGGUCACCAUCAUGAAUCCCAACGUCCUCAUGGAGCACGGUGUCCCCGUGUACAGGACCAAUCAGUGUGCAGGGGAGUUUGUGGUGACCUUCCCCAGCUAUCACAGUGGCUUCAACCAGGGCUACAACUUCGCAGAGGCCGUUAACUUCUGCACCGCUGACUGGUUACCGAUGGGUCGUCAGUGUGUGGCCCAUUACCGACGCCUCCACCGCUACUGCGUCUUCUCCCACGAGGAGCUGCUGUGCAAGAUGGCUGCUGAUCCAGAGAGUCUUGACGUGGAGCUGGCCGCCGCCGUCUUCAAGGAAAUGGGAGAAAUGAUGGAGGAGGAGACAAAACUCAGACUGGCUGUCCAGGAAAAAGGGGUGCUGUCGUCAGAGCAGGAGGUUUUUGAACUGUUACCCGACGAUGAGCGCCAGUGUCACAAGUGCAAGACGACCUGUUUCCUGUCUGCGCUGACCUGUUCCUGCAGCCCCGACCGACUGGUCUGUCUCAACCACGCCGCAGAUCUCUGUGACUGCCCACUCGGCAAUAAGUGUCUUCGGUAUCGCUAUGAUCUGGAGGAGUUCCCGUCCAUGCUGUAUGUCAAGACACGGGCUCAGUCUUAUGACACCUGGGCAAAGAGGGUCACAGAGGCCUUGGCUGCUGACCAGAAAAACAAGAAGGUUUUGCUGGAGGACGCAGAGGACAGGAAGUAUCCGGAGAAAGCGCUGUUCCGACGGCUGAGAGAGAUGGUCAAAGAGGCAGAGACAUGCUCCUCUGUAGCUCAGCUGCUGCUCAGCCGCAAACAACGGCACAGCACCCGUCUGCGUUCCGAGAGCAGUCGUAACCACAAGCUGACGGUGGAUGAGCUCAAGGCCUUCGUCGAUCAGCUCUACAGGCUGCCCUGCAUCAUCAGCCAGGCCAGACAAGUCAAGGAGUUACUGGAGAAUGUGGAGGACUUCCACGAGCGAGCCCAGGUGGCACUGUCAGACGUGAUGCCCGAUUCCUCCAAGCUGCAGGCGCUAUUGGACCUGGGCAGUGGCCUGGAUGUGGAGCUGCCAGAGCUGCGACUGAAACAGGAGCUCCAGCAGGCCCGCUGGCUUGAUGAGUGGGGCUACUACAACUCCCUCGGACUUGUGCGCGUCACCCUGGCCGAUCCUCACCGCGUCACCCUGGAGCUGAUGAAGAGGUUGAUCGACUCUGGGGUGGGCCUGGCUCCCCACCACGCGGUGGAGAAGGCCAUGGCCGAGCUGCAGGAGAUCCUCACUGUCCUGAGAGGAUGGGAGGAUAAGGCCCGCGCCUGCCUGCAGGCCAGGCCUCGACACAGCAUGGUGACCUUGGAGAGCAUUGUGCUGGAAGCGAACAUUCCAGCAUACCUACCUAAUAUAUUGGCCCUCAGAGAGGCCUUGAAGGCCAAAGACUGGACAUCUAAGGUGGAAGCCAUUCAGAGUGGCAACAGCUACGCGUACCUGGAGCAGCUGGAGAGCCUACUGGCCAGGGGUCGCUCCAUUCCUGUCCGGCUCGAUCCACUGGUCCAGGUAGAGUCUCAGGUGGCCGCAGCUCGAGCCUGGAGGGAGAGGACCGGUCGCACCUUCCUCAAGAAGAACUCCACGUACACACUGCUCCAGGUCCUCAGCCCUCGCGUGGACAUCGGCAUCUACGGCAACAGCAAGAGCAAGAGGAAACGCGUCAAGGAGCUCAUGGAGAAAGGAGAGGGAGGCUUUGACCCUGACGCCCUCAGCGACCUGGAGGAGAGCCUCGAAGAGGUGCGAGACCCGUCAACCGUCGUAGCCGCCUUCAAAGCCAAAGAGCAUAAAGAAGUGGAGGCCAUCCACUCACUCCGUGCUGCCAAUUUAGCCAAGAUGGCCAUGGCCGACCGCAUCGAGGAGGUCAAAUUCUGCCUGUGUCGAAAGACGGCCAGCGGCUUCAUGUUGCAGUGCGAGCUCUGUAAGGACUGGUUCCACGGAGCCUGCGUUCCCCUGCCUAAGACGGGAACUCAGAAGAAGGCGGGUGUGGGUUGGCAGAGCAAUAGCAAAGACUAAUUCCUGUGUCCGCUGUGUCAGAUCAGGAGGCCGAGACUAGAGACCAUCCUGUCGCUGUUGGUUUCGCUGCAGAAACUGCCGUUGCGUCUUCCAGAAGGAGAAGCUCUCCAGUGUUUGACAGAGAGGGCAAUGAGCUGGCAGGACCGAGCGCGUCAAUCUCUGGCCACGGAGGAGCUGUCCUCAGCCCUGGCCAAGCUGUCUGUGCUGAGCCAGCGCAUGGUGGAGGCAGGCGGCGAGGGAGAAACUGAGAAGAUCAUCAAUGCAGAGCUGCAGAAGGCUGCUGCCAACCCGACUUGCAGAGGCCACAUCCAGACCUUCCAGCAGUCGGGGUUCAGCAGAGCCGCAUCACCUCGCCAAUCCGUGGACUAUGAUGACGAGGAGAACACUCAGAACGAGGACAUAAGGGAGACUUACGGUUAUGACAUGAAGCACCCAGGCGAGGUGAAGCCCUACCUGUUCUGCGAUGAGGAGAUUCCUGUUAAGUCUGAGGAGGUGGUCAGCCACAUGUGGCCAGCUGCCACGCCCUCCUUCUGCGCGAACACGGCCUACUCCUCAGCCUCUAAGUCCUGCGUGCAAAACAUUAGCACGCCCAGAAAGCAGCCCAGGAAGACCCCUCUGAUACCUCGCAGCCUGGAGCCGCAAGUGCUCGAGCUAUCCCCGCAGGCUAAGGCACAGCUGGAGGAGCUGAUGAUGCUGGGAGAUCUGCUGGAGGUGUCCCUAGAUGAGACCCAGCACAUCUGGAGGAUCCUGCAGGCCACGCAUCCCCCCUCUGAGGAGAGAUUCCUACAAGUCAUGGAGCCCGACGACUCUCUGAUGGACAAGCCUCUGAAGCUCAAGCUUAAAGAGUCGGAGAAGAAGAGGAAACGGAAGCUCGAAAGAGCCGAGCACCACCAUAUGCUGAUGGCUGCCGCCGCCGCGCCGGUGGGAGCCUCAGCAAUGGGCGAAAUAAGACCAGCCAAGUCCAAGGAGCUGAAAAGGGUCGGUCUGGAACUGGGCCUCGGGGGCAAACCCAAGAAGAAGAAACUAAAGCUCAAUCUCGACAAGAACCGGGAGAUGAAGCAGCUGGCCAAACGGUUAGCCAAGGAGGAGAAGGAGAGGAAGAGAAAGGAGAAGGCGACGGCCAAGGCAGAGACCAUCAGGGAAGGGCUGGAGAAGAGGAAGGAGAAGAAGAUUCUCGACAUUCCCUCCAAGUAUGACUGGUCCGGGGCCGAGGACUCCAACGACGAGAACGCUGUGUGCGCAGCCAAGAACUGCCAGAGACCCUGUAAAGAUAAGGUGGACUGGGUGCAGUGCGACGGCGGCUGCGACGAGUGGUUCCACCAGGUGUGUGUGGGCGUGUCGUGCGAAAUGGCCGAGAACGAGGACUACAUCUGCAUGGACUGCUCCGGCAAGGCCGUCGGCGGAGAGCUGGGGAUGACCGUGGAGGAGGUGGCGGAGGAGGAGGAGGAGGAGAGCGUCGUGGUGCUGUCCACGUCGAUGUGCAGCGUGCAGAGUCUGCCGCCGCCGUCCGUCGUGGCCUCGUGGUCUCACGUCGCCACCGCCUCUCAUCUAAGCCCGGCCGCUUCACUUCAUCUUCAGCAGCAGCAGCAGCAAGAGCCUCAACAGGGCAGUUAGCGCUAAAAACAACAACAAAAAACAGCCCAGGACUGAGCUUGAAUACUGUACCUCACACAAUCAGCAUAACACAACACCUAGGACCCAGGCUAGGGUUUCAGCCUCUCAACCUGUAAAACAAAAAGCCCUUUAUGAAUGAGUCUGAAGGAGGAGGGACACACCAGAUGUGUUUCUGUGACCGCCUUGAUUAUAGAGCACAAGAAAGAAGAUACCUUGCAUCUGGAACUCAGAGGAGAGUCCGGCUGUCACUGUGCUCUCCAAGCACUAAGAUCUGCUGAAACGGGUUGUUAGUACACACUCAAGACUUAGUCCUCCAACGACAGUUUUAAGUCUAGAGGCAUCCACCAGCUACUUCCUGGUCCUCCCCGGAACAAUAACACCUCAUUGGUACACUUACUUCCAGUCAAACACCCAAAUACUCCAGCUGUUGUAUUCAGUGCAAACGGGCAAAUAAACAAAUGUGUCCCCAGUCGUGUGUUACUGGACGCCCUGAACCGCUCCCCUCUGCCCUCUGUGUGGCCCUUCAGUCAGUAACAUCUCAAUAUGUAGGACGAGACUAGGAAAAACACAAAUGGUUGUAAUGUAGUGGAAUUAUUUAUAAUGUACAUACUUUUAAGCAAUUAAACAAAUGGAUUGUGGCUUUUUUGUUUUCUCACCUUUAAUAAACUAUUCCUAGUCAAAUGA